UUUAACAAAUACUUUGUAAAGAUUCUAGUCCAUCUUCCAACACAGACAUUGUUGGUAUCUGCAUCCUAAAUAGAUGUUCACUGAGACUAACAUGACUAACACAAAACAUAACAAGAAAUAAGGUAAUUAGUAGUGGGGUUUUAAUAUUGAUUCUGGAACUUGACGGAGUACACGUGACUUAUAGACACUUCACUGAGUAACGGAAAAAGUAUUACAAGAAAACAUAAGACUAAUCUUGAAUAAUUGGUUUCUGUAUAUACGAUGACAUUUUUUAAUGGCAUGCUUCCUGGAGAGACAUUAGAGAAAUUUUUAGACCGAGAAGUUCGGCCAGAUACAAAGUUCUUAAGUGACUGUAGCCAAGUUAUAGACACAGUUGUGCGAUUAAUACAUCGCAAUCCCAAAUACAAAGUCAAUCAAGUUAUCAAAGGUGGAUCUUUAGGUAAAGGAACAGCUGUACGUGACCAUUCAGAUGUAGACCUUUUAGUGGUAUUGAAUAAUAUUAGGGAUGUGGAACAUUUGGCAGAAAACAUGGAUGAGGUUCUUAAUAACUUCCGAGAAUAUUUAAAAUCAGCUGUCGGAAAGACUAAAAAUAUUAAAAUAUCAAUGAAAGGUCAGACGCCAUUCACCCUACAGUUUAACCUACGUUGUGGUGAUGAAUGGUUUGAUGUGGAUUUACUGCCUAUAGUUGAUGUAUGGAGUACAUGGAUGCUUGGACUAGCUGGUGGUGUCGGAUCUACAUAUUCUACAAUGGAAAGCAAACCUCAUCUAAGGAAAUACUAUGCCAAAUCGUUAGCUAAACUGCAAGUGGAAUUUGUGAAACCAGUACCGGCCAGAGUCAAAGAUUUGAUUCGUUUGUUAAAAUAUUGGAAAUACACUGAACAGGUGGAUUUUACUUCAUACUGUAUUGAAUUAAUGGUUAUAUACGUCUGGAGAGAAAAUGGAAAAUCAAAUAACUUUACUAUGAAGCAGAUGAUGACUAAAGUUGUUGACCUACUUGCAUCGUUCGACAACGUCCGAAUUUCGUUUAACGAUCAUUUUACUCCAUCUUACUACAUAAAGCAGCUUGACAAAAAGCCACCGUAUGUUCUGGAUCCAGCUAACCCUUAUCAUGAUGUUGCCUCAGACCCAAAAUGGAGUUUCUCUACAAUGUCUAGAGACUUUCAUCGAAUAGAGUCAGAAGGUCGACAGUUGCAACGAAAACUUCAAGGAUUACCAGAAGAAAGCAGUUGCGUAAUAUCAUGAGAAAAAUUAAUCGAAUUAUCUGUUCAAUAAUAUUGUGUUUGAAAUUGCUUGAAAAAAGGGUAAUAGAAAGAAAAUUUUGACCUGUUACGGACUGUGUAUGUAUCUUGUUAUUGUAAUUUUAUUAGUAAGCAAGAAAAUUCAUCAAAAUUAAUUCAGCAAGCUGAAAUAAAGUGAAUGUGUACCAAUGAUAGUGUAUCUCAUUUAAAAAAUCAUAACAAUUGGCUGGUAAUCUGUUAAAAUGCCACAUGAAAAAAAAAACUUAUUUCUGCUCUCUCUAGACGUUCAUUCUUGGUCAAUAUGAAUCAGUAAGAUAUGCAGAGAUGAAAUAAUUAUCCCAAACCUGGUGAUUUGGAAGUCACAUCAUCAUAUCUUAAGCGCUUUUACUAUUGGAAGCUGUACUUGCAUGAACCACAAAAUGAAUAAUAGCUAGUUUCUCAAAAAAAAAUCUAUCUUCUCAAACUUAUUGGAAAUAAAGAUAACUCUUUGAAUAUAAGGUGCGUUCAAAGAGCUUUUCUGGGUUAACCUUAACCGAGAACGCACACAACUUAAACAUGGAAAGCCAAUGAUUUGUAUAUACCUGAUGAGCUAUAUGAGACCAAUUGGAAAUAAAGAAAUAGCCAAAAUAAUCUACAGCCAACUUAAA